CUGCACCUCACCCUCGUCCAUGCUUCCUCUGCACAAUCUCAACUAGUACCGCCAUGAAAGCCGCUGUUGAAGCGGCCACCGACAAAAAGGGUCACGUAUGCCCGCCGUCGAACGCGACGCAUCCGCGCGACCGCUGGGAGGCGGCGUUUGUGUACUCGUUCAUUUGCAAGUUCACUCAGCUGCGCGCGAAGACUGGAGGAGCGUUGCUCUCGCCAGAACCGAACCCGAUAAUUACCCAGAUCCUGGCACGCUUCAUACUGAACUUGAGACCACAGACGCGUAAUCUCAGUUCGGACGUGAUUUCUGAUACUUUGGCCACCGUGACCCUGGAAUACCUCAAAACCUCGGAGAGGAGCAUCUUCUGGGAUGAGGACCUGAAGGCGAACUUGAAUCCCUUUUUGGAGAUGCAGAGUGGGUUCUUUGCGGCGUCGUGGGAUUUCAAGCUCAAAAUUAUGCGGCAACUCGUCGAGCUGCAGCUCUGCCAUAGCGGACAGAUCAAGGCCGUCAUCGAUCGCGCGUGGGGGGUCAUUCACAACAAACACAAGAAGUCAGAGACGACUGCUUCGCCGCCUCCACCGAAUGAUCCUCAGAGCAGGGAGAACCUUCAAAUGAUACCGAUGGGACAGGACAAGGACCGGAAACGCUAUUGGGCUGUAGAUGUUUCACCGCGUCUGUACGUGUCCACGAACCCAUGGAAGAUCACAGCUACCUUCCAAGCGAUCUCUUCGACACGGGAAGAAUAUAUCGCCACCAUCGACCGGCUUCGGACCAGCGCGCCCAAGCUCAAGGAAGGUCAACGUCCAUCGAAAAUGGAGAAUGCUCAUAUGUCUCUGGUUGAAGAGCUGGAGAAGCGUCUGGAAGCCAUAGACGCUGAUUUGCUUCGUAUUCAACGCGCUCGCAAGAAGCUGGAGAUGCGCAACUUGAUGAUAGCCCAAGCGGAAGUGCGAGAGACUCGCACUCGGCGGAAGGCAACUCGACCAGAUUACGCGUACAUGAACGACCCGAUUAGCGAGGACGAGCAAGACGAGUACCAGUAUCAGGAGCAGGACGACGAUGAGUACGACGACCAUGGCGAGUUUGAUGAUAUGGCGGGGUUCCGUUCUGGGGAUUCGUCGACGUCGAAUCGCUAUGCGGCAACGGGAAAACGAAGGUCCUCUCGAGCAGCUGCUACCAACGGCCAUCGCGACAGCAAUGGAAAUGGACGUGUGAGCGAAUGGCGAGGUGAACGACGAUCUUCGCGGUUGGGAGCGUCGGUGGAAACCCAAUUGGACGAACCGCCACCCAAGAGGGCGCGGACAGAGGACAGCAUGGUGAGCAGCAACUCUGCCGAUGCUGCGCCGGCAACGCAGAACGGCAAAGGGAAGGGCCGUACUCCAGCAGUCAUAAAGCCGACGGAGACAGCUGUAGAGGCGGUCCCGGGGAAGAAGAAGAGCAAGUUCUGGUAUUAUGCCGUGGAGCCAAUUCCCGGUGCACCAGCUUCAGCAGCCCCGCCACCUGCGGCGCAAGUGUCGCUCCAGGACUCGGGAGAGGAUGUGCCGAUGAACGGUCUGCACCUUGACGAUUACUCCGAGGCAUCGCGAGAAAGUGCAGGCAGCGAGGAUGUGGAUAUUUAUCGGAGAAGCAUAGAAGGCAGUUUAUCCCCCGCUUCCGCAAUGGACGAGUCGUAAUCAUAGUCUACUUAUUCACGCUAUCCCUACUGCAUUCACCGGUCCGAGUCUUAGUCCCCACCGUAAUAAUAUACGUCGCAUAUCUUGGAUCCUGAAUGCAGGUACACUGAACAGCAGCGUAGAUCUCCCACUGAUACGCCUCGCAACCAGACGGGCGAAUGGAUCCCGGGCGCAAGUCUGUUGAAGCUCUGCGCUGACUGAAUUCGCACGACGGUCAUUGGAG